GGAACAUGAGCCUCCUGCUCUCGCCGCCUCUCCGAGCGUCUCUGAGCUGUUUUGACAUAUCGCUCUGCCUCCCGUUCCCCGAGUCCCACACCUCCCUCUCUCCCUCUCUCUCUCCCUCUCUCUCCCUCCCCAGGACAGGAAAAGGAGCCACACUGACCACAAUAGCAGGAAGGGGAGGUGGGCAGUGACCUGCAGGGAGAGGAACCCGGGUCGGACUGUGGAUGAGAACAUCGGCGAGCAGCCCGAGCGACGCAGACCUGUUGGACUCACACCUGGCCGGGGAGACGGAGACGCACUGGAGUCCUCCGAGGGGGAAAACUAAAGCGCUGUGGGAUUUCUGUCCUCGUCACAGACUUUCUCACCCAGGAGAGGAUUUGUAGGAUUUGAGAAAUCCCUGCUGGUACGACAACACCUGACAGCGUUCCGAUACAUCGGAGGGAGAAAGUAAAGCGGGAGAGGAGCCUCAGCUGAGCUCACCGCCGCCGAUUUCUCCAACAACCCGCCAGAUUAAUUGAGAGUGAGUCCAGUGAGGGACAGAAAUCACCUGGAAGGACCCGGGCUUCGUCUCAGCUCAGAACCAGACCAGGACCAGCACCUCCGCCCGGCUGGGACUCGACCAUGGCGUGGCUCCAGCUGUGGACUGUGGGGCUCGUGGCCGCCGUGGCCUCGUCCUCGCUCGUCGUCGUCCGGGACCCCGGACGUCCUGCCGAGGAGGCGAGGCUGCACGGCCCCGCCGGGACCGCGGGGAAGGAGUCGCACCCGGUGCUGAUCAGGCAGAAACGACACUGGAUCUGGAACUCUCUGUACGUGGAGGAGGAGAAACCUGCACCCAUCGCCUACAAGAUCGGCCAGCUGAAGUCCAGCCAGAGGGUGGAGGACACCAGGUUCAAAAUCGAGGGCGAGGGGGCCAACACCAUCUUCACCGUGGACGAGAAGGGAGACCUGUUCGUCAGCAGGUCGCUGGACAGGGAGGAGAAGAGCACGUACCACCUGACGGCUCAGAUGUACGACGGCAACAACAAGCUGAUCGAGGACUCCGGAAAAUUUGAGGUCCAUGUCACCGACAUCAACGACAACAGCCCCGUCUUCCCCCAGCUCUACAACGGCUCCAUCAUGGAGCGGUCCACCAUCGGAACCAAGGUGGUGGAGGUGAAGGCGACCGACGCCGACGACCCGUCCACCGCCAACGGAGAGCUGCGCUACUCCCUGACCCACGGGGGAGACCUCUCGGCCUUCGAGAUCGACAGCAUCUCAGGUGUGAUCAGCUGCAAGACAAACACUCUGGACCGGGAAACCAAGGGCCAGUACGUGGUGGUGGUCAGAGCCCAGGACAUGAGGGGCAUGGCCUCCGGCAGCACCGCCACCACCUCCGUCACCAUCACCGUCACCGACACCAACGACAACAUCGCCUCCUUCACCAGAAAGACGUACGAGCUCCAGGUGCCGGAGGACCACAAGCUGAACCAGAAGGUCGGCACUCUGGAGCUGGAGGACCGGGACCAGAUCCAGAACAAGGAGCCCAUCUUCGCCAUCCCCAGCGAGAACGGCAGGGUGUUCGGCAUCGAGCUCAGCCCCAACAAGGACGGCAACCUCAUGCUCAGACAGGCUCUGGACUUUGAGACGAAAAGCAGCUACACUUUCACCGUCCAGGUGCGGGAGAACCUGAAGAACCUGCGGUUUCCCGCCGACAACGUGAACGGAGCGGUGACCACGGCCCAGGUGAUCGUCAGGGUGCUGGACGUGGACGAGCCGCCCGUCUUCUCCCAGCCCAUCUACACCUUCACCGUGAUGGAGGAGACCUCGGUGAUCAACAUCGGCACCGUGUCGGCGAAGGACCCGGACAAGGCCGCCAAGAGCAUCCGGUACUCCAUCCUGGAUAAGGACUGUCCCAUCGGCAUCAACCCGCUGACCGGGCAGCUGUCCACCCUGCGGCGGCUGGACCGGGAGCUGGAGGCCACGCACAUGUUCCAGGUCAAGGCCCAGGAGGAGCCCAGCGGUCUGGAGUCCUUCGUCAAGGUCAACAUCAUCGUCCAGGACAUCAACGACAACCAGCCGGAGCUGCUGGCGGACGAGAUCUUCGUCUGCGAGAGCGACCCGGCCCGCACGGUGAUCGGAACUCUGAGAGCCGCGGACAAAGACGACCGUCCGGCGUCCUUCUCCUUCAGCCUGGCCGGCCUCAGCUCCAACUUCACCCUGAGAGACCACGGCAACGGCUCGGCGGACAUCAUGGUGAAGCAGGGCCCCUUCAGCCUGGACGACCCCAAAGACCACAGCGUGGACGUGAGGGUCAGCGACGGCGGGCAGCCGCUCCAGUCCAGCGUCACCAAGCUGGCCAUCAAGUCCUGCCGCUGCGACGCCCGGAGGAUUCCCACGCAGUGCAAAGCCGGCGCCCGGAGGAUGGGGGUCAGCGUUCACGCUCUCAUCGCCAUCCUGCUCUGCAUCCUGACCAUCCUGGUCAUAGUGAUCCUGUUCGUGAUGAGGAAACGCUACCAGAAGGACUCGCUGGCCCACAUGAAGAACAGCGGCGAGAUCCACGAGCAGCUGGUGACGUACGACGAGGAGGGAGGCGGCGAGAUGGACACUAACGGCUACGACGUGUCCAUCCUGUCCUCCGCCUGCCACGACGGCUCGCUGCUGCGCCACCCGGACCGCCACCCCCACCCGUCGCUGUACGCCAUGGUGCAGAAGCAGCAGCCCCACCGCGGCCAGCCCGCCGCCUGCAAGGGCGACAUGGCGGCCAUGAUCGAGGUGAAGAAGGACGAGGCGGACCACGACCGGGACGGCUUCCCGUACGACACGCUCCACAUCUACGGCUACGAGGGGCCCGAGUCGCUGGCGGGGAGCCUCAGCUCCCUGGAGAGCUCCUCCACCGGCUCCAACCUGGAUUACGACUUCCUCAACGACUGGGGUCCGCGGUUCAGGACCCUGGCCGAGCUGUACGGCGUGGACGGACCCGAGUACUACCACCAGUACUGAGGGGAGGAGCCAAACGCACACACACACACACACACACACAUCCAGCGUGUCGAAAAGAGCCAUAGAAACACAGUCAGUUUGACCGGAGGCAGGCGGCGGGACAGAAACGUCCUCCGGCGGGCGCCAUGUCUUUCUCCAGCAGCAUCUUCCGUCAUCCCGUGUGAUUCAGCGAGUCCAUCCGUGUGUUGUGCCUCCCGUUUCCUCACGCCGAGUCGGUAAAUUUCAUCAAAAUCAAGAACGCUCCAUCCAGACGAACCCGGGAUUUGGUUUUUUUUGUUUUUUUUUUUGAAGAAGCCACAUGGGACAGCAGGAGAAAACCAGGCCUCACCGGAAGAGAACCACACUCCAUUUAAAUCUGCCCACGGUGCUUCAAAGCCGUCACCAUCCUCACUUUUUCAUUAUUUCACAUGCAAACUAUCUGAACGUCCACAACGGACAGAACCAGUCAGAGCUUCUCCUGGACAGGUUACUGCAGGACAGACGUGUCAACAAGCACUAUUUCAUUCAAACAUUUAUCACUGAAAAACAAACACAGCCCAUAACUCAAGAAAAUCAAGGACUUUUCAUCUCAUGUUCCUGAAGGACAAUCAAACUGUUGUUGUUAUUUAGGGUUUACUUUAAAAAUGUAAAAGUAACUGCCACUUUUGAAUAUUUUUUUUUCUGUGCACUCGUAUUUCAUCUUUUUCGUGUUGCCUGUCACGUCCGCUCUCACAUGCAGCACGUUUCUGACAGCCGCUGUGUUUAACGUCGGUCUUGACUUGGUUCAGCGUCCCGUCACUCCUGCGCUUUGUUAUACCAGGAAAAUUCAAACACGACUGGAAAUCAAGCGUUUUGUCCACAGUAGGCAUUAAGGUGAGCCUGAAGACCUCCAGUGAACGACCGUCCAGAUUCACCAGAAUCGCACGUGGAGUUCCUCAGGGUUGCAUCCUGGGCCCACUGCUUUUACAGGCAAAAAAAAAAAUUGCAGAUUUCACUCAAAUCUACAGUUUUUGUUUGGUUUUAAUCAAACAGAAAUCAUUUAAACUGACCUUCCUUUGAUAACAUGAGCCUUGUUUCACCACCCAGCCACCGCUGAGGGGACCAGAACUUCCAGACUGUUUAUGGUAAUAUUUCUAAAGCAGUUGAAAGCAGAAAAAUUAAACUUUGAGCAUCAUAGAUAUGCCGUGGAUAUUGAAUAAGUGCCAGAUAUUGAAAGUUGGGCUUUCUUGGAUAAAGAGGCAGAAGCCCUCGGCCACUCCACAAAAUUACAGAAGAGCAUUUGAAAAAGAUUAAAAAAAAAGAAAAAAAAAAAAGAAAAUGAGAAAUCCAAAAUAAACUGCUAUAUCCUGUUUAACAUUCAAAUAUAUUAAAUAUGUCAGAACCAGUAAGCUGAAUAUUAGAGGAGCUGUAAUGUUUGUUUGAAAGCGAGUCAUUACUUCUAUUUUCAUCUUUUUAUUUGUUCUUUAUCCCCCAUCACAGUCGUCUGGUUUGGCUUGUGAUCUCCUCUAACUUUGAAGUGUGUGUGUGUGUGUGUGUGUGUGUGUGUGUGUGUGUGUGUGUGUGUGUGAGAGAGAGAGACAGAGAGAGAAAAAGAGCCUCAAACGUAACAAAAAAAAGUGAGUUUCUGUUUUGAUGUGAAGUUGGCGAUUUGAUUUGUGAAUCUGGAGGCCGGGGGGCUUCGGGGGGCUUCGGGGGGCUUCGUGGCGGUGAGCGUUCGCCACAUCAGCUGGAAGGGGGUCGGAGUUGUUUGAUCGCAGUCGGACGCUGUGUGUGUUUUCCCCGUUGUCCGGAAUAUGAGAAAAGGCCGUUGUUUUCCUGAGAGGCUCCGUUCUCUCUUGCUCCGUGGUGGAUCGGAGGUCAUUCCGUCUCGGAGGGGUUAGAAUGCUAUUUGGUAUCCAAAGACAACACAGAUGUUUGCUCAGAGAAGCUUUCACAAUAAAAGCACUGACAAUUUCUAGUUUAAUAGCAUUUCGCUCUUUCAAUUCCAAUUUUCAUCUUCUAACUAAAGCUUAGUGUACAUUUCAUUAAAAAGUAAGAUUUAAAAGUUGGAGUGUUGUUUUGAGCCGAGGUCCAACAUGGAUGAGGAGCCGUUUUAGAAGUGACUCAUUUUGUCUAUUUUCUCUGUUAUUUGGCGAGGGGACAAUACACAGACAGACGGAUAGGAAAUGACACUGCGGCUGUUCACACAGAGGUCGCGGCGAGUUCCCGGCUUUUAUUUGACAGAAUCCGUCAUCGCAGAUAUUCUCCUAGGUCUACUCCGACAGAAAUCAUCGGGAAAACUCAGGAAGCACCCAGCUGCAAAAAGCAGCUCGUUGAGCCGCCAUCAUGACUCCGAUGGCUUUAACCUCGCAUCCUUCUGGGCUACUGUACGGCCAUAAAGCCACAAAUCAAUCCAGUCCCACUUUAUCGGCGUCUUCCAGCGGGCCGGGGCCGAACGGGGCUUUCUGAACGUGGCUCAGGAGCUGAGAAAACUUUUUAUAAUUUGAUUCUUUCACCUGAAUUUCAACAAUUGUCCACAGUUUAACGGCACGAUAGCCUGCAGCUCUCAGUGUGAUGGAUAUGAGACAAUGUGAGAUUUCACUCAGCUUGAAGAGUCUGUUGACCAACAGUCCAACAAGUAGAACAUCCAACAGAAAAACACAGAAACUUUGUUUCUGAGACACUGAAAGCUGCAUCAGACAACACUUAUUCACCUUUUUUAAAAAAGUCAGCUUUAUUUUUUUCCUUAUUUCAACUAACACACAACUUCCUCCAAUGGAAAGCCUGUUUAGUCAGGUUUCAGCGAGAGUUAUUCUAUUUGAUUUGAGAGAAGAAAUCCUGAAAAACCAAAAAUUAAAGAUAAAACUCUUCAAUUGCUUCAUUGAAAAUCACAAUUUUGUGAAUUUAGGACUGAUGAAUUACUUGGCAAAACGGCAGAUGUGACAGUUAGACUCUGUAUGAUGACUUUAGAGAAUCGAAGAGCUCUGCUUUUCAUUUCUGACAGAAACCAAAAGUCCAGGUUCAGACCAAAAGUCAAACUUCUCUGAGACAGAGUCUGUGCAGCGAGAGCCGAGGAAUCGUCAGGCUUGUUUCUGGCCGGAGCCACAGAAGCAGCUGCAGAUACUGACCGAAGCGUCUCUUUUGUUAAACGUGUCGUUUCCUCUGCGGAUGUGCUGGAAAACCCAGGAGCUCUUAAAGUAAUCAGGAAGUGGCGGCAGCGGUCCCGGUGGACCCCGUGUGACCCCCCUCACCCCCUCCCCCCCAAACAGCACCUGGUGCAGAAGCCAUUCAUCAAGCGCUCACUCACAGGCAUUAGAAAAAUAAACCAGGGCUUCUGCAGGUGAGGAAGGUCACCGACUGUCCGAGUUGCCCGGCGGCCCGUUGCUCCGAGUCGUCCGAGUCGUUUCUUUGUCUCUAAAGUGAUUUCGUCUCAGUUUGGGAAUCGCGGUUUGUUUACCCGACUGUUGACUGUGUGUCUGAGUGAGUUUUCUUCGGACCGGGCCUGUGAGGAAUGCUCCUCGGUAAACUGGACACAAUAGCUGGAAGCCCCGUCAGUGUUUUCCUGUCGGGUUCAUUCGGACGGCGGUUCCUCCGUCCACCUCACUCUCAGCCGCGCUCUCCACCGUAUCGCCACCGCCGCCGCCUCUAAUCAGCCCGAACCAAACACUGGACUGGACUUCCUGUCCAUCAGGGCUGUGCCCGCCCCUUCCUGUCUCUGUUAUCUCCCUCUGGCUGGCUUCCUGUUAGCGUGGCGGCCUGGGAAACAGUCGGACAGAGGAAGAGGGGAGCGAGGCGAGGAGAACAACAAUGUGGAGCAGCGAUGAGUUUCCCAGCCGGGCGGAGGAGUGUGUGAGGAAACACUCAGCGAGUUUCAUUAGCAUCCUGCUAAUGUGUGCUUUACAGGGAGCUGCACCGCUUUAUGUUAAACUUCUUGAUCCUAAAUAAGAGUAAAGACAUGAAUAUAUUCCAAUUGUUAUUACUUUUUACUUUUUUUGUGCCUAUUUGUUGUUUUUAGCAAUUACGUUUUGCACUUCGUGAUCACUUCAAGUUCAUCUUUGUAAAAUGGAGAAAGAAAAGUGAUCAUUCCAACACCUGAAAGCUUUUACUGCUGCAUUUCCAAAAUGUGGCUCAAAACAAACCUAAUUUUACCUUCUAUUCAAUGUCUCCAUUCACUGAAGCAACAAUGGCUAAUGGCUUUUCUGGCAGCCAUCUUUGUUUGGGUCGAAGAAUUGAGGAGAAAAAAACAACAACUUCCAUUUAGCUUCAACCUUCCUGAAGGAAAGUGUGUUUUUGUUCCACUUUCUCCAAGGCAGCAGUGUUCCAGCUGGCCCUCGUGUGUCUCAUCACCGUUAAUCUGCAGGGCUGUUGGCUCUUCAAACAUCUGGAAAGUCUCGGUGUUAGCAAGCAGCAGCUCACAAAGCUGCUCCGUUCUGCCUUCCUGAGAGCAGCAGAGUUUAGGGGAGGAAUGAAUUACACUGAACCGGAAGAAUUUUGUCUUCAAAAUUGUCUUUUUAAUGAGUGCCACAGUGUAGCAGCGGUUAGCGGCGGCUAGUCGCUAGCAGCAUCACCUCAAAACAGUCAGGCUGCACUUUAAAUCAGAGGGUGUUUCAGCGUGAAGUUUGCACAUGAGUCCUGGUUUUUGGGUUUUCUGUGAUUCUCUCUGAAAUGGUGGCUCUUUAUUGACCAUAAGAGUGAGUGCUAGCCGUGUGCUAGCGGUGCGUUCAGCAUGCAAUAACCUGCUGAACGCUCUGUCAAAGCAGUCCCUGGUCGGAACUUUCUGGUGUUUAGAUCACAUUUCCAAUGGUUUCUCUCACUAAGAAUAGAUUUUGUGUUUUUUAAAUUGUUCCGUAUGAUCGGGCGUUAGCCGCGUGGUCAUCAGGAAACUGGUUACCGCUCCUUCUCCAGUCCACAUUUAGCAUUUUGACUCAAUCAAGUGACUAAAUUCUUGUCGUUUGCUGGCUAUCUGCCCCUGCUGCUCUCUGCGGCUUCAGUCCUCUUUCAGCUGGUUUACUUGUUCAGUCCUAAUCUGGACGAAGCAGAAACAACAAUUGUUAUACGCAUCAAACACACCAACGUAUUGUUCAUGUCGUGAUUGUGUCUUACACAUUUUCAUUUUGUGUGCGAUCAAUAUGAUCGAUCGGAUUUAGGUUCUGGGUUUCAUUUUUGCUCGUUACCUUCUUGUUUUCACUCCCGACUCGUCAAAGUCUAAGAAGCAGAUCAUGGCCUCAUUGACUCAUCACCGAUUUCAAGCCUCCAUAGUGUUUAGAACUUGUUGUUCUCUUUGGUUUCACCAAAAAAAAAAAAAAAAAAAAAAAACCAGCUCCCACUAGUGGACCAACAAGAGAACAACGCCAUUUUCAGCGAUAUGCU